AAAAUAUCAAAAAAUGGAUUCAACACCUACAAAAUCCAAAAAUCCCGAAGAAAAUUUCAACAGCUUGGAAACGGAUUGUCCCUUCCAAACUCCAGGAGCAAAUCGCGAAGACUCUGGAUUUUUCUCGGAAUCAUUUAAAGAAAGUUUUCCCGAAAAAGGAGACAAAAGAGGUCUUCUGAAAGAUAUAGCAGAGCUUGAGGAAAACAUGGAAUGUGUUGGUAUUAAAGACGAUAGAGACGCCCAGGGAAUGAUGAAGCCUGAAGAAAGCAAGCUGUCAGUAGAAUUGGUUAUGUCUAUUUUAGAACAGGAUAGAGACGGGGAUACACAACUCCAUAUGGCAAUUAUUCAGGAAAUGGACAUCGUUGCAAUGACCAUGAUCUAUUUGAUUUCUAACAUUGACCCAGAAUUGUUAGAUACUCCUAACUUGUUGUUGCAGACACCUUUACACUUGGCAGUUAUCAUAAGAUCUCUUGAGCUGGUUGAAUAUCUUCUCCAGUCUGGAGCCGAUGCAGGGUCACGUGAUCUCCAAGGAAAUACACCUUUACAUAUUGCUUGUCAUUAUGGGUAUGACGAUCUAGUUCUUAGUUUCCUUACGUGUUCUAAUGACAGACAAAAUACUUUCAAUUUGAUCAAAGGAAUAAAUGACAGAAACUAUGAUGGUCAAACAUGUCUUCAUCUUUCAACAUUCCAUACAAGUCUUCCUGUUAUCAAACUUUUAACGACGUUUGGUGCAGACGUUAACGCACGUGACGGAAAAAGCGGAAAAACAAUAUUACACUACGCUGCGGAUAACGGAAAUACAAUUUUACUGGAUUACAUCUUGCAGCUACCAGGUGUUGACGUAAAUUGUCGAACAUAUUCUGGUCAGACUCCCUCAGCACUGGCAAGAGGAAGGGGUCAUCUCGAUAUUUUAUCUUCUCUGAGGAGGUAUGGCGGGAAAGAAUAUGACAAUUUUGAGGACACUUAACGGUCUUUGGUGAAGGUUUACAGAGAUAAAACUAUAAAU